AUGGUGAGUGGUUGUUUACAGAAGAGUCUCUACGGACCCAUCUGGCGGUCUCGGUUCGGACCCCUUGACCUGGUCAACGUGGCGUCUCCAGAUCUCAUCACUCAGGUGAUCCAGCAGGAGGGCAAGUACCCAGUUCGGGCCGAGCUGCCCCACUGGAAGGAGUACAGGGACCUGAGGGGACAGGCAUACGGUCUGCAUGUAGAGACUGGACUGGAGUGGUACCGGAUCCGUAGCGUCUUGAACCCUAAGAUGCUGAAGCCACGAGAGGUGUCGGCCUAUGCCCCGGUCAUCCACCAGGUAGUAGGGGAUCUGCUGCAGCGUGUGGAGCUCCUGCGCAGUCGCAGUCCAGACCAGGCCACAGUUCCUGAUGUGGCAGCUGAGCUGUACAAGUUUGGGUUUGAAGGGAUCUGCUCGGUCCUGUUUGAGACUAGGCUGGGCUGUCUGCAGGAGGACGUUCCUGAAGACACUCUGCGCUUCAUCGCUGCAGUUAACAACAUGCUGUCGCUGUCCAACAUCAUGAUCGUAUUCCCCCGCUGGAGCCGCAGCAUCCUGCCCUUAUGGAGGAACUUCGUCCAGGCCUGGGACCACCUGUAUGACGUGGCUCAGAAACUCAUCGAGAAACGAGUGGCUGAUCUCGAAGCUCAGGUGAGCAGAGGGGAGCCUGCAGAGGGGUCUUACCUGGCUUACCUGCUGUCGUCUGACAGACUGAGCCGAGCGGAGGUCUACAUCAGUGUGACGGAGCUGAUGCUGGGGGGCGUUGACACGACAUCUAACACCUUGUCCUGGGCGUUGUACCACUUGGCGAGAGACCCCAAGGCUCAGGACCACCUGUACAACGAGGUGAAUUCUGUGUGUCCCAAGAAACGGCAACCGACCACAGAAGACCUGAGCAGGAUGGCCUACCUGAAGGCUGUCAUAAAGGAAACGUUACGCCUGUAUCCGGUAGUGUUCGGAAACGGACGCUUCGUUUCAGAGAAUGAGGUGAUCGUAAACAACUACUGGUUCCCCAAAAAGACUCAGUUCCACCUGUGUCACUACGCCGCCUGUCACGAUGAGGCAGAGUUCACUAACCCGGAGGACUUUGUCCCGGAGCGAUGGCUGAACGUGGAGUCUCCCAGCAGCCACAGCGGCAGAGCCACACCUGGUUUCUAUCAGCACCACCCGUACAGCUUCAUCCCGUUUGGCGUUGGGGUGCGGGCCUGUGUGGGGAAGAGGCUGGCUGAGAUGGAGAUGUACUUUGCUCUGUCCAGGCUGAUGCAGCACUACAGGGUGGAGCCUGAGGACGGAGCUCCAGUCGUUCCGCCUAAAACCAGAACUCUACUCGUCCCGUCGAAGUCCAUCAACCUGCGCUUCCUGUCCAGAGCCUGAAGGGUCAGAGGUCAAACACCUAUUUUUGUGGAGUCAGAAUUAAUAUUAACAUAAAA